AUGGCUGCACCGUCAUCUCUCGUCUACGACGACAACGACCGGGCGCAGAGCCAGGAUGCUCUCCCCUCGGACGGCGAGGGCGACCGCUCUCAGAAUGAAGCUGUCGAUGAUGCGGCUUUAUUGAAAACGAUGGGUUAUAAGCCUGUCCUCCAUCGGACGUACACGCUUUUUGAGAAUUUCGCCACGACGUUUGCUGCGCUGUACUUCGUCGGCGGCGUCCGAGUAACAUUCAGCACCGGUAUCGCUGCCGGCGGGAACCUCGCCUACUGGACAAGUUACCUCGUAACAAUGGUGUUCACAUACAUCACGGCGGCAGUCAUCGCAGAAGUAUGUUCUGCUUCGCCGUCCGCUGGCUCGAUUUAUCUCUGGGCUGCUGAGGCUGGAGGGCCACGGUUUGGUCGGUUGUUGGGGUUUAUUGUUGCUUGGUGGAGUACAACUGCUUGGACGACGUUUUGUGCUAGUAAUACGCAGAGUGCGGCGAAUUACUUGUUGUCGGAAAUGACGGUGUUUAACGUCGACUUUCCCACCGAGACGACGGAGGUCAAGUUCCGGACUUUGCAGUGGAUCGUCACAGAGGUCCUACUCGCCUUGGCUGCCCUAUUGAACUUCAUGCCUCCCCGCUUCUUCCGCUGGGUCUUCUACUUCUCCUCCUUCGUCGUCCUCCUCGACUUCCUCCUAAACUUGAUCUGGCUUCCCAUCGGCACAGCCAACACCUGGGGCUUCCGCACCGCCGACGAAGCCUUCAUGUCAACCUACAACGGCACCGGCGCCCCUCCGGGCUGGAACUGGUGUCUGUCGUAUCUGGCUACGGCGGGUGUGUUGAUCGGGUUUGAUGCGUCGGGGCAUGUGGCUGAGGAAACGAAGAAUGCGAGUAUUUCGGCGGCGAGGGGCAUUUUCUGGAGUACGGUUGUUAGUGGGAUUGGAGGGUUGGCUACUGUUAUUCUUUUCCUUUUCUGUGCGCCCGAUCCCGCGACGCUAUUCUCGUUUGGCUCGCCCCAGCCGUUUGUGCCGUUGUAUGCUGUGGUGCUUGGUCGUGGUGGACAUAUCUUCAUGAACAUUAUCUGCAUCCUUGCCCUAUGGCUGAAUACAGCGGUAGCAAUAACAGCCGCCUCGCGUCUCGUCUUCGCCGUAGCCCGCGACGGCGUCCUCCCCUUCUCCUCCUGGGUCUCCCGCGUGCACUCGGGCCAACCCCGCAACGCCGUAAUCGUCGUCUGGACCGUUGCCGCGAUCAUCACCUGCACACUGCUUGCGUCCAACGUCGCUUUCACAUCGCUCGUUUCUGCGGCUGGUGUCCCCAGUGCUGCUGCUUAUGGGCUGAUUUGCCUGGGGCGAUUGGUUUGUACGCCCAAGAGGUUCCCGAAGCCGCAGUGGAGUUUGGGGCGGUGGAGUAAGGUCUUCCAGUUUAUUGGUGUUUUCUGGAAUGGGUGGGUUGUUGCGGUGCUGUUUUCACCGUAUGAGUUUCCCGUUAGUGGAGAGAAUUUGAAUUACGCACCGAUUAUCAUGGCCGCCGUUACUAUCUUCGCACUGGUUUCAUACUUCGUCAUGCCCGAGGAAUCGUGGCUGCCGCGGAACCGCAUCUCGCAUUUCAUUGAUAGCAAGGGUGUUGCUGGUGUGCAGGAGACGGUUGAGGAGAUUCAUGCUGGCCGUCAUGGCAGACAAGAAAGUGCGAACGAGGGUGAAGGAGAGCCGGGACCAUCGGAGUCAAGAUGA